UCCCAAUUCAAGGCGAUCGAUUUUACCAAGCUGCAAAAAGAAAAGGUGGAAGGAUCUCGUUGUCAAUAUUGCUUCAUCAACGGAUGUUUACAGCUGGAGAGCAUUUUAGAACUUGACAUGGAACUUAUAAGUUGAUCAGGAAAACAUAAGGAAGGACCUGUCUCGGAACUGUUUUGGGGAAGUACAAACUCACCGUUGCUUGAUUGUCUCAUGAUGGGAGUUUCAGGAAGCAAGAAAAACCAAUCGAACCUGGCUAACAGGAACCAAAGGAAUACAUACCACCGAUAUGUAGACCCCAUUUAUCAAAACACCAAGUUACAUUUCAACGCUGAUGAUGGCACUGACUUUGGAGAAGUUCUCAUCACUCAACCAAAGAAAGCAGCUUUUCACCCUCUAGAAGUUGAAAACAUUGAAGAUUUGGACGAUGUUGAAUUUCCAUAUGAAAACAUUGUUUUUGAAGGUGGAGGUUGUCAAGGGAAAGCUUACAUAGGAGCAGUAAAGCUCAAGUUCUUUAGAUUAGGAAUCAGCUUGGUUGCUCUACAUAGGAUCUUUUCCAGUUUUAUGAUGUCGUUCUUAAGGGGUGCCAUACACUACUGCAGUAUUCCAAAGAUGGUCGUAAUAAUUGACUUGGAAUACAAGAAAGUGAUCAGCAAGCGAGAACACGAUGUCCAACGACACACGGUGGUAACAGAAGCGAUGUCCAAGUUUCUUAAAGUUCUCAAUGAUUACAACUUAGACGGCAAUGAUACAAUCAACAGGAGUGAAUUUGAGCAAGCUCUUACAAAAACGGAUGAGUUCACCACGGCCCACCGCAGAGCUUUGUUUGGAAGUCAUCUAUCAUCAUCAAGUGAAAUAUUCUCUGCUUUGGAUAUCAGCGGUGAUGGAGAGAUUGACUUCCACGAGAUGAUGAUGAUAGCUGAAAGUCGUGGUGCUGGUAUAGAAAGUCAAAUCAUUGGAGCAGGUUGGACCAAAAUCAGCAAGGCAUCAAACAUUGUCGAUUGUGUGUUCCGGACACUCCUAAUGAAUGUGAAAAGAGCAUUUUUGGAGGGUGAUGACAAUGAGCGAACAGUGAUGAUUAAUACAGCAUAUAUCAAGUCAACGGACUUUGAUAUUACACAGGAAGAUACCGACUUUUUGAUUGAGCAAGGACGACAGGGUAUCCGAUCAUUCCUAAGGUACCAGAAGAAGAAGAAGCAGCAAAAGGUUGAGAGAAUAAACGUUGAGGAAUCAAACAUCCAGACCAUGUAGCAAAAUCUUCGAGACCCAACUCUACCGAAGGUCAAUGCAGCUGGAUCAAAUCAAUAUACUCUUUGAAAGCUAUCGACCAAGGUCAAAGUGGGCUUCAAAAUAUGGCCCCGUUACAAUGAUCAGUCUUGAUUCGGAUCAGAUUGUAUUGAUUUUGUAUACUCAAGAAAGUAGAAGAAGAGGAAUCAAAAAGGGAAUGGAAUGACCGUUGCGGAAUCAAUCCUGUAACAACCAGAAAUGCCACCGACGCCCUGUGUGACUGAGUGCAGCUGUCAGUGUCACGUAAGUGGAAUCUCGGGUCAGCUCGUCCCAUUGCUGAUACCAACGAUUAUUAUUAUUUUUUUUUAUCAUUAUUUAUUUGGCCAUAAAAACAUACAAAAAUUGUUCAAUGUAAUUACAUAAAUACAAUUUGAAAUUGAAUGAUUAAAUAUAGAUAAGGUAGAAAUGAAAGAGAAAAAGAAAAGAGUAAGAAAACGGUUUUUCCAUGGGCCAGGGCUCGCAAAAUUAAAAUUCAGUACUAUUGCCCAGAGGCAUGCGAGCCCUCAUGGAAAAACCGUUGAGAGAAUAUUGCACAUUCAAUAUACAAAAUUGCACAUUAUUAAAAUUCAAAUAAAACACAUUGACAAACAUUAUUUUAAAAAGUAUGUACGUAACGCCAGGCAAGAUACAGUAAAAGAAAUAAAGACGGGUAUUGGGAAGAAUUCGAAUACCCAUGCCGGACUGAUAACAUAGCACAAAGAUAACUUAGAUUUGUGUGAGGUACUAGAGCCUGAAAAGCAACAAUGAAAUGAAAUAAGGAGGAAUGCCCUAGACAACAGCAAGAGCAUGCCUCCACAUUCCUAUUAAUGACAUGUGUACUCGCCAGGCUCCAGCACCUAAUACAUAACAAUCAUUGAGACAACAAAUAGUAAAAUUACAGGAAACUCGCCUCCUUUGAUGAAGAAAAAGAAGAGAAAUUAAGAACUACAUAGUAAUUAAUAAUAUUAAUAAUAAUUGAAAAAAUAUAGAAAUGAUAUUGAGAUUUUUAUGUUUGUUUGUUUGCUUGCAUUUAUUUCUGCGUUCAAAAACACAAUACAAAAAUAUUUACAAUAAUAUACAAAAUAAUUCACAAUAUAAACAAUGUAGUCAUAUUACAUGAUAAAUACAAAUAAGAGUGUGAGUAUAAAUUAAUCUUUUAUAAAUGUAAACAUAUAUAUAUAAUGUAAUAAAUGAACGCAGGAGACCACCAUCGUGAGCGGUUAGGCUUGAAUUGAUGGCGGCCUCAUAAAAAGAUUCGUGACUUAGAUUGAUAUUUACUGGUCAAGUGGGUGCAUUGCAGGUGCAGGUGCUGUAUAGCAGUUGAGUAAAAUCAGAAUGUUAAAUAGCGAAUGUGGAUAUUUGAGUGAAUGUUUUAAUUUGGAGCGAGGGGUUGAUAAGAUUGAAUGAUAGUUUUCUUUAGAGUGGCUUUUAAUGAGUAUAUGGUUGAACAAGUUUUAAUAUUGUUUGGAAGAUCAUUCCAAAUGUCUGGACCAUGAUGUCGAAUUGAUUUAGAGGCAAUUAACAGUCUGGGGUUAGAGAGAUGAAAGUUUCCGGAUAUGCGCGUUGGGUAAGUAUGGACAGAACUAUUAAAUUUAAACAUGUUAUCAAAAGACAAAGGGAGCAGAUUGUUAAUAUAUUUAAACAUAAUUAUAGCUAUUUGAAUAGUAUAUAAGUCGGCAAUUUUUAAUAUCUUUUGUUUAAAAAAUAAAGGAUCGGUGUGAGCCAAAUAAUGCGAUCCUGUACAAAUGCGAAUUGCUCUUUUUUGUAAUUUAGAAAUAGAAGUAAGUUUUGUGGAACCACAAUUAGCCCAAACAACGUUACAAUAUGUUAUAUACGGGAGUAUUAACGAAUUAUACAAUAGAAGUAAAGUUUUAUGAGGUAAGAUAAAUUUCAACUUCGAAAUUAUUCCAAUAUUUCUCGAGAUACAUAUAAUGAUAUGGUGCAGAUGUUCAUUCCAAGACAAAGCUUGAUCUAUGAUGACGCCUAAAAAUCUAGAGUGAGUCUUCCGCUCUAAUGGUGUACCGUCAAUCUGUAAGUGAAUUGGAGUAUCGGUAAUAUAAGAAUGUUUAAAAUGGAUGAAGUGGGUCUUUUUUUAGUUCAAGGAUAGUUCGUUUGUUUUAAACCACUGUGAAACUUUAAUCAAUUCAAGAUUUAAUAUGUUGUUUAGGGAAGUUAUAUUUUUAUGAGAAAAAAAAGAUAUUUGUGUCGUCAGCAAAUAAUACAAAUGAUAAAAUGGAAGAUGUGUUGAUAAUAUCAUUGACAUAUAAUAAAAAUAAAAGCGGGCCUAGAAUGGAGCCUUCAGGGACACCACAUUGAACUGAAAGUGAACUAGAACCGUUGCCAUUAAAUGUGACAUAUUGUUUUCGAUUUAUUAAAUAAUCUUUAAACCAAAGGAGUGAUUGACCUCGUAUACCAUAAUAAUUAAGUUUUGAAAGUAAAAUAUUAUGAUUAAGUGUAUCGAACGCCUUACUGAGUUCACAAAAUAUACCAAUGACAUGCUCUUUGUUAGCUAUGGCGUUUGUUAUUUUAUCGUAAAUUUGAAUUAAAGCCAAGUUUGUUGAAUAAUUUUUUCUGAAGCCAUAUUGAUUAGAAAUUAAUAAAUUGUGUUUGUUGAUAAAUUCAUAAAGUCUAUUAUAUACUAUUUUCUCGAGGAUUUUGGAUAUACUAGGGAGUAGAGAUAUAGGGCGAUAAUUGCUUAUUUCAUGAGGAUUGUCUUUUUUUUUAAUUGGAUUGACUUUGGCGAUUUUGAAUAAGUCAGGAAAUGUACCUUGUGAUAGAGAUUUAUUAAAAACAUGACUAAGAGGGUUUGCAAGCGGGUGAAUUAUUUCUUUUAAAAGAGACAUACUAAUUUUAUCAAGCCCAUGAGAUUUUGAGCUAUUAAGAGACCUUGUAAUGUUGAGAAUUUCUGUGGGGUUCGUAGGGUUCAAGAAAAAUGAAUGUGGAUUAGGUUCGGGGAGAUAAUCCGUGAAAUGCGCAUUUUGGCUAUUGAUCUUGCUUGCAAGUUCGGGUCCGAUAUUUGUGAAAAAUGAAUUGAAUGAGUUUGCAUGAAGGGAAGAGUCAACUUUGGAACCAUUUAAAGUGAUAUUAUCGGUAGGUGGGGGAUCUGCAUUAGUUCCCAUUACUUCUUUGAUGAUUUUCCAGGUAGUAUAAGUAUUUGAACUGGCAUCUUUUAUUCUAUUAGUAUUGUGACGUACAACCCCUGACACCAUCGACGACAGAACUAGUCAAGUCCAUGUAAAGUACCGUGCAACUGUGCAGGUUCAGUCUGCAAUUUAAUAUAAACAAUAAACACUUGUUAAGUCAACAUGUCUUGUAACAGAUACAUUUUCUCACAUGUAUCAUGAAUAGUUUCUUUUCCCUUUAUAUGCAAUUAAAUAUCAUCAUGCAAAUAAAUAUCUAUCUUGCUUGAAAUACUAA